CGCUUGAUGCUUGAAAUUCAAGUAAUCUUGCAAAACGACAAACCUUUCAUCUUAUUAAGAUAAGAUAAGAACCGGGCCUGAUUGUCCGAAAUAUGUAUGAAUUUCGUGAAUGGAAACUGUCCUAGCGUUCCUAAGGGUGAUGUUGUCCACUGGUACUGAAUGAAUGGUGAGUGCCUUGAUUCACCGACACUGACUUUCCGAGGCGUAAAUAAAGUGAGUAUAAAGACAUAACGCACGACCGAACUCAACGGUCACAACAAAAAGCACAAUUUCUUCAAAUCCGAUGGCAACAAUGAGCGUAUGGCUACCCGAUUACCCCGGCCUGGGCCACAGAAACGAUGACACUUCUUAUCGUCCUCCUCAACAGCAAGAACCCGACGACCCACCUCCUGCUUAUGCAGAAAUUCAGACCUUCUCAGCCCGAGAUGCACCCCGGGAACCGCCGAUUAUAGAAUCGGUGACGUUCGGCGUGACAACAUGGCCGGAUAGCAUAGCACCAUAUAUGGUUCUCAACACGCACCAGCCUUCAAACCCAGAAAAGAAGAGAAUGGACAUGGUCUACAAGAUUCGCUACGGCACUAAUACUUACGAUUUCAUCCUCUACUGGUACCCGCCUCCAAUCUUAGGCCUUCCGGUUAAUCGCGUCAGACGGGCAGAGCAGAAAUAUCUGGAGCACUUUGAAAACUUGUGGAUGGGGUCUCGGACCCCUGAGACGUCUCCCUCCUUCUUUCCAAUGCUAAGGCAGCUUGACGAGGCCAUUCUCCACAGCAUGUGUGUACAGAAAGUUCACUUGGAACAGUCAGGUAGGCACGGACCUUGGAGGUGCCAGAUUGUCGAUGAAUAUGAAGACCUGGAUAACUCACUGCAUGCGAUGGUGUGGGCCGAGGGAUGGGCUGACCAUCGUCACCCUGAGGUUCUGGCGGUUGCAGUAUGUAAUGGGUCUGAUGUGCAAGUCAUCCACGAGGAUCGACCGAGUCAAUGAGGCCAAUUGAUUGUAGGUGGGGGAAAACAAAGCUACUACUGGUAGUGAAUCAAAGUCUAGCUCACUAGCAGGGACAGCAAGGUCCAAUGUGAUAAAGCGGCAGAGAGUUCCUUAGAUCUUGAUACUUCAAGACCCAAAGAUCCCAGAUAAUGUACAUGUAAGUUGGCACCGUUGCG